GUUGUCCUAGGUUUGCGAGGCGCGGUCUCAGUGGUCUGCUAGCCUCGCACUAAACCAUCAUAUAUCGUAUCGUAUCAUAUGAAGUGCUUCCGGCAACAAACUCAUUGUACAAGCGCUUAUUGAAGGACGGCGGCUGAAGAGGUGACGAAGCCAAAGUUUACCGACGUUUCUCCGCGGCUCGAACCAGGAAAGUCCUCCGAGCAAGAAAUUUGAAUGACCGAAACAUCCCGAACGGUUCCAAGUGUUUUGGAUCGUUACACUCUUUGCGUUCCAUUUUUCCUGCAGCCAUUGGGUCUGCAUUCUUGACCAAACGAAAAGAUGUCUUGAGACGUCUGUCUCCUUGCGAAGAUGACUUCUGUUGACGACCUCUUCCGCAGGCCUGGUGCUGGUGGGAAACGGAAACUUCAAGACCCAACCGCGGCCUUCUCCCACACUCUCUCCAACAAAUCCUCCAAAUUGACCGACGGCUCUUCCCCACGCAGUUCGAGCAACGGGACGCGUGAGUCUUCAGUGUCCAACGGUUCCGGCAGUAAAGCGGCAUUCGUACAAGACGAAGUCCUCGAUGAAGAAGACGUCGAAGCCGGGCCGGCGCUGCCAUCCGAGGAUCUAGAGGACGAAGACGGGGACGAUGAAGAGGGGCGGUUCUUUGGCGGAGGAGUGACCAAGCAGGAACGCGAAGUCAUCGACUAUAUCGAAAAGAAUGAAGACGGAGAGGUGGAGGAGAAGAUUGACUCACCCUGGCUUCGCCGAACCGCCAUCAAUUUCGAGCGAAAGAUCAACAAGAACGCCGAACUGCGCGCCAAAUACGAGAGCGACCCCAUGAAGUUCGUGGGCAGCGAGGCUGACUUGGAUGGGGAGAUAAAAGGCCUCAGCCUGCUGAGCGAACACGGCGAAUUGUACGAGGAGUUUGUCAAACUGGGCUGCGCAGGCAGUCUGGUUGGUCUGCUUGCGCACGAGAACACCGACAUCGCAAUCGCAAUUAGCGAACUGCUUGCAGAACUCACAGAUGAGGAUUCCGCCACGAACGAAGAUCAAUGGAAAAUCCUAGUGCAGGCCAUGAUUAAGAGCGACGUGGUAGAUCUUCUGGCCAGCAAUCUGGGCCGGCUUGACGAAAACAACGAGACGGACCGAUCCGGAGUCUACCAUGUCCUCAAUGUAUUAGAGAACAUUCUGUCUGAUACCGAGAACUUGGAAGUCGUGGGAUCCAAAGACACGCUAGUGCAAUGGCUGCUGGCGAGGAUCAAGAGAGCCGACACUAACGCCCGUGGCAAGGUUGGACAAAACCGACAAUAUUCAGCAGAGAUUCUUGCCAUAUUGCUGCAGAGCAACAGAGGCAAUCGAGACCGCUUUGCCCAGAAAGAGGGUGUUGACGCCCUUCUCGAAUUGUUGAGCAUAUAUCGCAAGAGGGACCCGGAGAAGGACUCUGACGAAGAAGAAUUUGCGGAGAACCUAUUCGACUGCUUGGCUUGCUGUGUCGAGGAAAAACUCGCCGGCGAGAAAUUCGUCGAGGGAGAGGGUGUCGAACUGUGUUUGAUCAUGCUAAGAGAAGCACGACUCGCCAAAGCACGAGCACUACGUGUUCUUGACCACGCGCUGAGUGGGGGUAACGCUAUCGCGGUCUCAAUGCGACUGGUCGAUGCUGCCGGACUCAAGACGAUUUUCGGCAUGCUCAUGAAAAGUCAGAAAAUCGAACGAAUCCUGAUCGAGCAUCUAAUCGGUAUCCUCGCCAGCCUGUUGAGAUAUCUUCCGGGCGGAUCUGCCGAACGGAUACGAACACUGGCGAAGUUCGUCGAGAACGAUUAUGAAAAGAUACUCAAGCUUGUCGAAUUGCGGCGAGAGUACAAGACCAGGCUUGUCAAGACUGACACUCAGAUCCAGAAGGAGCGAGACGAGAUGGACGCUGCAGACGUGGAAGAGCAUGCUGACGAGUGGCUGUCUCGGCGGCUUGAUGCCGGCCUGUUCUCCCUACAAGCUCUCGAAUUGAUACUUAGUUGGUUGGUGGCGGAGGAUAAUGGGGCCCGGCAGACAAUCGCCGUCCUUAUGGGGGAGGAUGGAUUGAAAGUCCUCGAGCGCAGCCUGCGAGACCAGCUUGACGGGAUGGAUUCAGGUGCAAGCGCCGAGGCAAAAGCCACGGAAGAGAUGCUCGAAGCAUUGCUAUUGUGCGUUGAGCAAUGAAUGUCAAUGUUUCACGGUUACAAAAGAGCUAACCGGGUCCAGCAACAAAUGUAUGACAUUUGAUAAUACAUAAUAUGAUACCCAUUCUUCAAAGAACACCCCCUUCUUUCUGCCCACACCAUGUCCUUGACGUCCACGGCAUUCCAUCCCAUCCCA